CUCCGGGCCAUUCUCAGGCCAUUCUCCUGGACAAGUGGUCCCCAGAAAAGAGACUUUAGGGAACUGUGUCCUUCGUAUUCAGGCUGCCUUCCCCAGCAGGGAGGGAGAAAUGGCCAGGAGUUUGCUGCCAGCACAGAUUCAGGAGUCUGUGACAUUCAGGGAUGUGGCCGUGCUCUUCAGCCAGGAUGAGUGGUUGCACCUGGACUCUGCCCAGAGAACCUUGUAUCGGGAAGUGAUGCUGGAGAACUACAGCAACCUGGUCUCACUGGGAUGGGAGAACUUGUUUGAAACCACAGUUUCCAAAGAAGAAAAUCUGGAAGUCAUGGAAAAACUCAUAGUUGAUGAUUUCAGACUGGGAAAAGUCUACAUGAAUGAAGACAAGUUAGAGAAGCAACAAGGCAAAAAGAACAAAGUUUUCAGAAAAGUGUUGUUUACCAUCAAAAAAACCUGUGUGAAAGACAGAAGAAGCUUUAAAGGCCUUGAACUUGAGAAAAAUCUUGGCUUAAAAUCAUCACUUACUAGAAAACCUGGAAUUGUUCCCAGAGGAAGGAAACCCCGUUCACAGCAGUAUUCAAUUCUCUUUAAACAACUGGGAGCCAACACAGUGCGUAAAUGUUAUAAAUGUAAUAUCUGUGGGAAAAUCUUCCUCCACAGUUCUUCCUUGAGCAAACACCAGAGGAUCCAUACUGGAGAGAAGCUCUAUAAAUGUAAGGAAUGUAGGAAAGCUUUCAGCCAAAGCUCAUCCCUGACACAGCACCUGAGAGUUCAUACUGGAGAGAAACCUUAUAUAUGUAGUGAAUGUGGAAAAGCCUUCAGUUUUACCACCUCUCUUAUUGGGCACCAAAGAAUGCACACUGGAGAGAGACCUUAUAAAUGUAAGGAAUGUGGCAAAACAUUUAAAGGUAGUUCAUCCCUUAAUAACCAUCAGCGAAUCCAUACUGGAGAAAAGCCCUAUAAGUGUACAGAAUGUGGGAGAGCAUUUAGUCAGUGCUCAUCUCUCAUCCAGCAUCACAGAAUUCAUACUGGAGAGAAACCUUAUGAAUGUAGUCAGUGUGGGAAAGCCUUCACUUCAAUAUCACGGCUGAGUAGACACCAUCGAAUUCACACUGGAGAGAAACCCUUUCAUUGUAACGAGUGUGGGAAAGUGUUCAGUUACCAUUCGGCCCUUAUUAUUCAUCAGAGAAUUCACACUGGUGAGAAACCGUAUGCCUGUAAAGAAUGCGGGAAAGCCUUUAGCCAAAGCUCAGCACUUAUACAACAUCAGAGGAUUCACACUGGAGAAAAACCCUACAAGUGUAAUGAGUGUGGCAAGGCCUUCUCCUGGAUCUCACGGCUUAAUAUCCAUCACAGAAUCCACACUGGAGAGAAACCAUAUCAUUGUAAGGAAUGUGGAAAAGCUUUUAGUUCCCACUCAGCUGUUAAUACCCAUCGAAAAAUCCAUACUGGCGAGAAACCUUAUAAAUGUAAUGACUGUGAAAAAGCGUUCAACCAAAGCUCAGCCCUAAUUCAGCAUCAGAGAAUUCAUACUGGAGAGAAACCAUUUAACUGUAAAGUGUGUGGGAAAGCUUUCAGACAAAGUUCAUCCCUUAUGACACAUAUGAGAAUUCACACAGGAGAAAAGCCUUACAAAUGCAAAGAAUGUGGGAAAGCUUUUAGUCAGAGCUCAUCUCUUACUAAUCAUCAGAGGACUCAUAAUUGAGAAAAAACAUAAAUAAAAUGCAUGUGGCAAGUCUUCCAAAUGAAGUUCAUUUCAUAUUGAAUAUCAUUCAUUCUGGGGAGAAAGCGAAGAGCCGUUAAUUUUGAGUAAAACUUCAGAAGUUAGAAGACAUCAAGCACCUGGACACUUCAUGUUGCAGGGUAACCUUGGGAAUAUUAGGAAAGCUUCUGUAAAAUGAUUUUUUGUAUGUUCUUAAGUUGUUACCGACUGAAAUAGACUCUGUGAGAUUGAAGGGUUGAUAUUCUUUUAUUUGCUUUCUAGUGAUGUUUUAACAGCCAUCAGCUUUCGCAGGCAUUACUGGGAACCUGCUGGUUUAGGUAAAAGUACAGCCAUAAAGCCCAGACUUCAGACAAAUCUAACAAUCUACUUCUUGAAACUGCAUUUAAGUAUUACACAAGCCAAUUGUACCAGAAUGAAUAUUUGGGAACAAAAAUGUAUACAGGUAAACUGUAGCUACCUCACUGUCACUAAAAUUUUUUUCAUAUUUGGAAAACAAAUUAUGUACUUGGUUGUUGUUCAAACUUUGGGUCAUUUCUCCACUCUUCUAAGCCAUUUACCCGAGGGGAAAAUUACUCUGUAAUCUAUGCAGGUACGUUCUUUUUAGUUUUCUUUCCAACUACUUGUUUCACCCUCUGAUUCAGAUAUAAAGUCAUUUUAUUUUAAGUCACAAA